AAGAGCUCCACCAUUAACGAGGUGGAAGAAAAAGCUUCUGAAAUCGCAAUGGGGAAUUGUUCUCUCAAAGGAAUGACGGUGGAUUGCGAAAAGCCGAUCAGAAUCUUAACCGAUUCCGGCAACAUAAUCAACUUCCAUGGCCCUAAACAAGUCCAUCAAAUCCUCAACAACUAUCCUCCCGGCGUCUAUGGCGUUUUCCGGCGACCAAAUCUCUCUUCUCCGUUACCCAUCUCCGAGCCCCUCGAUGCCGGAAAAUCCUACUUUCUCCUCCCGCUUUCCCGUCCCGCCGAUAAAGUUCAGGCCGACGACGGAGAGCCGCCGCCGCCGCCGAAGAAUCUGGGAAGUGGGUCCGGUCUGGAAGUGCUUCCGGCGGGUGGCAACGGCGUUUGGAGGGUCAAAUUGGUGAUCGAUACGAAGCAGUUGGGGGAAAUUUUGGCGGAGGAAGGGAACACAGAGGCAUUGAUUGAGAGGAUGAGGGCGGCGGCGGCGGAAAGUCCACAGCGGGGGAAGAUCGGAGGGUGGAAGGCGACGUGGGGGAAUUUGUUGAAGUUUUUUCCAAUUGAUGUUGGAAACAAUAAUAAAGCACAAAUCAAGGAUUUUGAUGCUGGAAAUGGCUGUUUAUAUCCAAUAUAACAAAAAAAAAAAAGAAUUUUUUCCCUAAAAAAUUAUUAGGACAAAGUUUGUGUGAAAUGUAAUUUUUGACUUUGUUUGGUUGUAGAUAAAUUUGUAGGUAAGGUGUGAAAGUUUUUGGAAUGAGUACCAAUAUGGAGUUGG